AUGAAAACGCGCAAGCAUUUUCUCGUGGGCCAAGAUUCUGCAGGCGCCUCGAUCGGCUGCAAAGCAGGAGCCGGACAGAGCCAGCUCGGAGUCAGCGGCCUAUCAGACGCCACGGCCGGCGCCACCCCACCAGGUGUGACCACCGAGCACCCACCUCUGCCACUGCGAGUGGAGGAGCGACACGGUCCUCCUGCGGUGCCCCUUCCCACCGGCUCGCCAAAGCAGCGGGGGCCAGCCACCCUGGGCCUCGCCCCUCCCAGCUCCUUCACUCAGGCUCCAGCCGAGGGGCCACCCAACAGUGGCGUGACCGACGAGAGGAUGCCAGUGGGCCUCCGGGGAGGGGUGGGCACCACAGAGGGCCACGGGGAGGAGGGGGAGGGGUGUGUCGGAAGGCGGGCGGCAGUGCUGGCUGCUGACCCUUCACUCCCCGCCUCUAAAGCGGAGCCGAUCCUCGGAGGUGCCUCCCCUAGGGUCCUCGGGGGCCUUAGACGACACUCCGCAUGGAGUGCUGAGAAGCACCUGUGCUGA